AUGUCAAAUACACCAACUUAUGCUGAGCCCGAAGAGGUUAUGGCUCUUGUUCGUGAUCCAAACAAGAUUGCUGGAAAAGACUAUGUUAUUAUAGAUGUCAGAGGAGAUGACUACAUCGGUGGACACAUUCCAGGCUCAGUUAAUGUUCCAGCAGGAAGAAUAUAUGAUGAAGUCAAUCAGCUAAUAGAAAAGUAUUCACAAAUCCCUAUCAUCUAUUUUCACUGUGCUCUUUCUCAAGUGAGAGGCCCAAAGUCAGCACGAAUCUAUAGUGAAACUUUACAAAACUUGGGAGUCAAGACAGACCAAAAGGUGAAAAUAUUGAGAUAUGGAUUUGAGGGAUGGCAUUUAAGAUAUAAAUUAGAAAAAGACCUCAUUGAAGAUUAUGAUGCAUCUGUGUGGGAAUGGGCAACUUAA